AUGCAGGCUAUGAGCGAAGAGGCAAUUCGAGAGGCGGUGCUUCUGGAGACGCUUUCGCGGCUCCUGCGUGAGAAGAUUGGUGCUAGCAGUGCGCCUGUCCCACCUUGGCGUAGACCUCAAGAGUCAACAGAUGGAGCUUCAGAAGUGAGCCCCCCAGUGCCAGAGCCCCCCGUGGAAGUGAUCGGGGCCUUGCCUGAAGCCAAACAGGAAGCUCCAUUGGAGAAGUUCAUACGGAUAUUUCGUCUCGAUGAGCUGGCUGCGAAGUGUUUGUUGAAGCUUCAAGAUGACGAAGCUGCCUUUGUAAUCGAGUCUAUUCAGCACCGCCUGAAAUAUGCAAAGAACCCAUCUGCCGUGGUGAUGAUCGCCAUUCGCGGUGUGGCUGCGAAAGUUGGCCGCAGAUACUAUGGCAGCCGUGAGACAGCGGAGGGUGGAGAAUCUAUGGAAGCUUCUGGGGAACUCAAAAUGAUUGGAGGUUCGCCUGAGGAUGAGAUUGAAACGGUGGCUCAGACGGAUCCUUACCUUGCCGGGGCUGACGAUGAAGAAGAGGAAGAAGAGGAGGAACCAGUCAUGGAUCACGAGGUGGAACCCCUUCCGUCUCAAGGCUUGGAGCCUGCGCUCAAGAAGCCGCGGGUAGCGCUGCCCGAGGAACGGCCUGUGGAGGUGCUGGCAGGCGCAUCGCCUGAUGCAGAGGAUGUUGGAGAACAAGACAACAACUCUGAGUCCUUGUUUUUUGUAGAUGUUGGCGGCGCCUGA